AUGGUGGGGUUUAUUAAUGCCAAGGCCAUGCUUGGCGGAGACAAGGGGUCUUCGACUGAACCAAAACGCCAAACUUGCGACAGGUCGCCAACGUCUAGCGGCAACCUCGCCUCUUCAUACCAAGCCGCGGCAUCAACCAGAGCUACUAGCCGAAUGAGAACCGGGCAUACCACUGCCUAUCCUGAAAGCAUGUUGGUCUCGCUCACCGUCGGCAAGGUCGACGCGGGCGUCACCAUUGAGUUUCCCUCCAUUCUUCUUCCUCCUGACAUUACAUCGGGAUCUAUUGUCGACAUCAAUGUUGCUCGGAACAAGAACUCCGAGUCGGAAGCUGAGCGCGCGUUCAGGGAGCUCCAGGACCAGAUCCUCUCCUCCUUUGGCUCCGUCGAACCAUCACCUCCCGUGCUCCGAUGCCGCAACGCGACGCAGACGAGCGUGGUGCUCGAAUGGGACCCAAUUCAGCUCGCCACGGCCGAUCUGAUCAGCCUCGCGCUCUACCGCAAUGGGCAGAAGGCGGGCAACAUUCCGAAGCCGCUUUCGAUGCACACCACCAAGAUCAGCGGCCUGGCUGUGGACACCGAAUACACGUUCCACCUGGUGCUACGUACGACGGCGGGAACCUUCUCGAGCCAGCGCGUUACGGUGCGCACGCACAAGAUGACGGACCUGAGCGGUAUCACUAUCACGACGGGCAUAUUGCCGGCUGCCGUGCGCGAGAGCCUGACAGCCGCGGUAGAGCGCAUCGGCGCCAAGAUCGUGGACGGCGUGCGCAUUGACACAACGCACUUCGUCACGACGGAAGGCCGCGGCGUGCAGUGGGAGAAGGCGAACGAACUCAACAUUCCGAUCGUGCGGCCGGAGUGGGUGGAGGCAUGCGAGCGGAACGGGCGUAUUCUCGGUGUCACAAAGUUUUAUCUCGAUGCGGUCAGGCCACCGUUUGAGGAGAGGCCCGGCACAGCUGGUACAACUAGCACGACUACUGCCGCUCCGGCUUCUGCGCCCGCACCGCCGCCUCCAGAGAAAGACGCCCCGCGAAACCAUGCCAGGACGACUAGCACGGCUAGCCAGAUAGCGGAACCGACUCCUGAAGAGGUGGCGGGACAGGAGAAGGAAGGGGAUGCCGAGUUGGAAUCCAGCGGCACCGAGGAAGAAGAGUCGCAGAAAGCGAUCUCAGGCGGGCAGGAUGAGCAGAAGGUCCUGGCGGAUGAACGAGAUCAGAAUCGUCUGGCGGCGCGGCCAAAACCAACCGUUGAAGACGAAGACGAGACGCAAGAGAACAAGGCGGCCAGCGAAGACGAGAAAGGCGGGAAGUCCCCUGGUGAUGGGUCAUCCUUCCAGGAUGUUGCUCUUUAAUUCUAGCCAGUGUGGUGGAUGAUUGAGGAUACCCUGUUUCGAACGGUGUGCCAUCAUUUGAUUUUUGCUUUCGUCUCGGACUGUCUGGCGCGGACAUGGUUUCGAGAUCAUUUGCGAUAGAACGGAGAGGCACAUCCAACAAUGUUAAUGGCAACGUUAGGCUCCAUGGCAGUGUUACAGAAGGCGACG